CAAGAAGGCUUUCCUCUUCUUUCUCGCGUCUCCGGUCGCCAUCUACUUCGUCCUUUUUCUGCUGCUACUCCGAUGGAACUCGCCAUGCAUCCGAACUCGAGCUCCGCUCCCGCCACCACCACCACCACCACCACCACCGAUGACGAUAACCCCACCUCCACCACCACUGACUUCUCCCUCCCCCCGGUAACCCUCCAGAAGCUCCCCCAUCUCUCCGACUACGUUCCCAACCUCACCGCCCUCACCAACCCCAUCGACCGCAGCACUUUCUACCACCCCUUCCCUGGCUUCUACCUCUCCCCCUCCGAUGUCAUCCUCCGCCACAUCCUCUUCGACCUCUCCUUCGCCGCCGCGGCCGCCACCGGCAGUGGCCGCCUCCUUGCUUACCACCGGGCGGGGCCCCGCCGGACCAUUCACUUCGACCCGGCCGCCGUCCGAGCGGCGAUCGUCACCUGUGGUGGGCUCUGCCCCGGGCUCAACACCGUGAUCCGGGAGCUGGUGGUGGGUCUCUGGGAGCUCUACGGCGUGCGCCAGAUCUUUGGCGUGCCGUCGGGGUACCGCGGGUUCUACUCGAUGGAGCCGGUGAAGUUGGACCCCAAGAUGGUGCACAAGUGGCACAAGAGGGGCGGGACGGCCCUCGCGACGUCGAGAGGCGGGUUUGAUCUUGACAAGAUUGUGAAUGCGAUCGAGCAGCGUGGGUUUAAUCAGUUAUAUGUCAUUGGUGGUGAUGGAACUAUGAGGGGUGCUGUAAAAAUUUUUAGAGAGAUUCAACGCCGCAAACUAAAUAUUUCCAUCACCGGGAUCCCCAAAACAGUUGACAAUGACAUUGGCAUCAUAGACAGGUCAUUUGGGUUUCAAACUGCAGUGGAGAUGGCACAGGAAGCAAUCAAUGCAGCUCAUGUGGAGGCCGAAAGUGCAGUGAAUGGCAUUGGACUUGUCAAACUCAUGGGUAGGAGCACAGGGCACAUUGCACUCCAUGCCACAUUAAGCAGUCGUGAUGUGGACUGCUGUUUGAUCCCAGAGAACGAUUUCUACUUGGAAGGCAGUGGUGGGCUAUUUGAAUUCCUUGAUCAGAGGCUAAAGCAGAAUGGGCAUGCUGUGAUUGUGGUAGCUGAGGGAGCCGGGCAAGAGAUCAUUCCGAGAACAGAUGAACAGAAAGAAGAAAAGGAUGAGUCUGGCAAUCCUGUGUUUUUGGAUGUGGGACCAUGGUUGAAGUCUGAGCUGAAAAAGUGGUGGGAACGGGACCAUCCUGGAGAGCUGUUCACGGUGAAAUAUAUUGAUCCUACAUACAUGAUCCGAGCAGUUCCAGCAAAUGCCACAGACAACUUAUAUUGUACCUUAUUGGCACAUUCCGCAAUCCAUGGAGUCAUGGCUGGCUACACAGGGUUUGUAUCAGGUCCGAUAAAUGGCAAUUAUGGUUACAUUCCGAUUGAGGAGGUGGCAGUGGCCCAAAAUGUGGUGGAUACAAAGGAUCAUAAAUGGGCAUGGGUCAGAUCUGUGACAAAUCAACCGGAUUUUCUAAAAUGCUAGAACCAAGGUUCCUACAAAACAAGUGAGAGCUUCCUGAAGCCCUUAUGGCUCAGUAGUUUUGAGAAAAUUAAGUAUCCAUCUUUGACGGGAGUCUGAUAUAUUUUCAAAGCAUGAUAUAUUACUUUUUUGGGAUUGUCAUAGCGGACCAUGCUUUCUGUUUGUUCUAAAUCUGUGGCUUAAUUUCUACCAGUAUACACAGAUAGUGCAAAGUCUUUAGCUAAUAUAGAGUAUCUGAUGGCUAGUUCUGCCUGGUAAAGAUCUCUGUGGGCUACUUAGCCGAGGAAUAAAAAGAUCUUUGUCCGCUUAGCAUGAUAGUUAUCUUGCUGAUCUGGCUUGUUGAGUUUAAAAGCAGUGGUUAUUGUCCUUUUUCUCUUAACAAUGAAUAAAUCACCAGUCCUGCUUGGCCUUGGUUUCCUAUUAAA